UUGUUUGCGAAGUUACCAUACCUUUGGCUUUAUCCUCUGCUUUAUCUUUUCCUUCAUCUCAAACACCACUUUAUUCUCUCCCACCUCAGAACUCUCUCUAAAAAGAAGGUGAUCCUCCUUGUUUUUCUCUCAUCUGAUGACUAGUUGUUCAAGGAGAACACUAGUGCAAGGAAAUUACACAUCCAUUUGCUCAUUAUAUCUCUCUCUCUCAUAUAUCAUGGAUUCACCACCUUCAUCUGAGUUAACCCUUGAUUACAAACCCAACAAUUAUGCACUCCCACUCCCUUCUCAAACCCAAUCACCCUUUACUUCUAUUAAUAAUAAUAAUCAUCAUCAUCAUCAUCAUCAUCAUCAUGAUCAACUUGAUCAGCUCCAAGACUUCCUUAAUCGCCUUCAGGAUGAAAGAUCCAAGAUUGAAGCCUUCCAGCGUGAACUUCCUCUUUGCAUGCAACUCAUCAACAAUGCAAUGGAAGCAUACAAGCAGCAGCUGGAAACAUUACUGACAAACCAAGGAGUGAUAAAACCAGUCCUUGAAGAGUUCAUACCUCUCAAGACCAUGAGCAUCAAUGAAAGUGAUAAAAGCUCUGAUCCAUCUUUGGAGAAAGCAAGCUGGAUGGUCACAGCACAACUAUGGAACCCAGCUAGUGACAUAACCAAGAAGGAAGAACAAGAGCCUUCACUAUCUGCACCAUUGAAGGAAACACAAGAAAAUAUAGACUCAAAUCACAAGCUUCCAUUUGACUCUAAACAAAGAAAUGGUGGUGCAUUCCUUCCUUUCUCCAAGGACAAGAGCAAAGGUUCCUCUCUUGUCGUUUCUCCUGGAAAAGAAAUGGAUAAUGAUCAACAACAAGCCAAGGUUACAACUACGCAAACACAUCGGAAAGCAAGGAGGUGCUGGUCACCGGAUUUGCACCGUCGGUUUGUUAAUGCUCUUCAGAUUCUUGGUGGAUCUCAAGUUGCAACACCAAAGCAGAUCAGAGAAUUGAUGAAGGUGGAUGGAUUGACAAAUGAUGAGGUGAAAAGCCACCUGCAGAAGUACAGGCUGCACACAAGAAGGCCCAUGCCGGCCCCACAGCAGGCGGCGCCGCCGCCGCAGCUGGUGGUCUUAGGUGGCAUAUGGGUCCCACCACAGUACACAGCAGCUCAUGCUGGAGCUGCACACUACUGUGCACCACCAAUGGCUCAAGAGUUUUAUCCGGCCACUGGGCACCACCACUUUCUCCAGCCUUCGUUGGAGCGUAGUAGCACGGUCACUAAUUAUCGAGGAGGGCUGAGCUCGCCGGAGUCGGAGGGACGGAGCGGCGGAGACAGGUCGGAGAGCAUCGAGGAGGAGGAAGUGGAGGAGAGAGAGGAUGAGGAGGAGGAAGAGAUAGAGAUGAUGGAGAAGAAGAAGGCAUUGGCUCAGGUGAGCUCAAUGGCAGAUGACUGCAGUGGACUCAAGUUCUAGGGUUAGGGUUUUUUGAAGGAGUUUUUAUAUGUGUGGAUGGCUAAUGGCUACAUGUUGAGAUGGAGUCUUUUCUUGUCUUAUUCUUGUCCUUCUUCUUUUUGCGUCCUUAGAAAAAGUUAAAAUCUGAAUUUUAUUGCUUUU